CUUAGAUGUGUUCUCUGCUCUAUCAUACCCGCUGGCCAAGUAUUCAGCAAUACGGUACUCGUACUGAAACAGAAUUCAAACAAGCCCUUAGCGCUAGCGUGAUAGGGUACUGUACCUACCGGUAUGCGUAUGAUAUGAUCAAAGAAUAUUGGCAGCUCCUGUUAGGUUACUAUCAUGCAUCAUAAACUAUACAAUCUCUAACGCGCGAAUUCAUGAUCCUCAUCUAAUUUUGUGCUAGCAGCUAGGACAGUACCUUUAGCAAAUUCCCAUUUCAUACGACUUCCUCGAGCACCCUUGGGCGCAUACUGUAGACGGCGCACGAGUACGAUACCAGGUAAUAAUAUGUCAGCAAAGUGCGUACUCAAGUAGACUGCUCUAAGGAGACGGCCAGCCGCUCUACAACUCGCAUUUAAAUAGAGUAUGAUAUACCAGUAUGCUCUUGUCCCAUCGCUCCCAUCAAAAAACAAUCCCCCCCCUUACCCCGCGGUACCGCCGGUACUGUACGGUACUGUACAGUACAAGACCUGAGUCAACUUCCCAGUUACCACUCAACGCAAGGCACACCCGGUCAACCCCAUGCAAAAUACCGGUAAUCAUACUGGCACCGCUGAGAACCCAUCCCCUCCGUUCCCAUCCACGCAUCUUCGAAGCCCAGACUACUAACUCCAACCCCCAGCCUCUUCGGCCCUUCGUUGCCUCGGGAAGAAAGCCAGAAAGAAUCACAUGCAUGCGAACAACCCUGCAUCAAUUAGAGCCUCACAAAAUUCCCGACGUCCGAGUUUGAAGAUUGGAAGAGGCGCGGGUAAAAAAAAAAAGAACAAAAACAGUGCAGUACUCGUACCGCGAUAACCUUAGUCUACUCCCGCUCCACAUUCCCAUGUCUCCGUGGAUGUGACGGUGCGGACCUUACUUCCCCAUCGCUGGUACAACUACGAACUAUCAUAACUAUAAUACUGUGCCCGCCCUUGAAGAUUUAUUUUGGGUUGAAGACGGCAUACGAGUGAUUACCACCACCGUACUAUCAUACUACUACAGGCUCUUUCGAAGCUUCGGUAACCUCCCUUUCACCCCCGCGUGAUACACUUAACGCGGAUACCGGUAUCGUUGCAAAGGGAGGGACGGAAGUUGACGUUAUGGAUGUAGUACAGGUACAGCACUUGAACCCACCCCUAUCCUUCCUACAUUGUUCACCAAUCUUCGUCACCCCUUGAACACAAACACACACUAACUGUCGAAACAAUGGACAGAAAAAGCUCACCGCCUUCAUCCUCGACCCGACAAAUCACGACCUCCUCGAGAUCUUAAAAGGCGCUCGCAAUGGACUGGUGUAUGGGACUAAAGUCCGAUUUCCUCAUGCUCUCGUGUACGACACUCCCCUGCCCCCCGGUUCUUCUUCCAUCAAGCUGUGCUCGAAACUGACCAACCAUGUGACAGAAUAACCUUCCUCUUCCGCUCCGGAACGUUCGUCUCCCUCUACACCACCCUACAGCCAUGUAACUAAUCCCCCCCCCCCCAACAGCUUCUACGAAAAACUCACCCAAACCCUCGAGGCGACAAGAACCCAUGCCAAAAACCUCGCCACCUUCGUGACAAUCUACAAGACCACAAUGCUCCUCCUCCGCCGACUAUCGCCCGCCGGGAAGGAGCGCUCCGGCGAUUCCUUCUUCGCUGGGCUGCUGGGCGGGUACCUGGUCUUUGGCCGGGGAGACCAAGGCACCGUCAACCAGCAGAUUGUAAUAUACGUGUUUGCCCGGGUGGCGCUCGCACUGGCAAAGCUGAGCCUUGAUAAGGGCGUCAUCAAGGAUCCCCAGGGGAAGGUCAGGGGGAAUUCCUGGGGGGUUUUCGCCGCGGUUAGUUGGGGGCUUGUCAUGUGGUUGUUCAGGUGGGAGGAGGGCAGUUUGCAGGGGAGUUUGAGGAGCAGUAUGGAGUAUUUGUAUGCUUCUUCCCUUUCCUUCCCUUCCUUGCCUUGGGAUGGCGGUGCUAACUGUGGUUUUAGGUACAUCGAUUCCGGGCGGUGGGAUUCGUUGCGGAAUUUUCUGAUUCACAACGCUUAGAUGUGUAUAUAUACAAGUUUUGGUGGGGGGGGUUUUUUUUAUUUAUACUUUUUGGGCCACGAGUAGCUUACAGGCUGCUUUGUGACUCCCCGAUAUUAGGGUGAGACUUGGGCUGUACAAUAUUGAGUUCGUCAGAAGAAGGAGGAAAAAAGGAGAAAUUGAACCAAACUUGGGAACAAUGCAUGAACCCGGUGCUGGAGAUUAAUCAAAGGAAAAGGAAACCCCCGUGGAUGAUUAACCCAAGCUUCGACCGCUCAGCAAACACCAUACAAAAUCACUCCAUACAAACCACACUAUUGCGCUCCCAACCCCGAUAUGGCCAGCACACGACGCCCCCGGGGGCCCC